AAUAACAACCCGUAAUAAAAACAAGUCACAAAACUUUUUCUGUCCGCGUGUACCCAGCUUCUAGUCAAAAACUCAAGUCAGAGAAUUGCUCUCUCAUUUUAUUCUUCUUCUUCUUCGGUAUGUCUGGCUGCUCAAGAAAACUAGACCGGGUAGUGUGUGCCUCCACUCUUAGGAAUUUGGGAACAAAAUUUUUAGAGGGUGUAUCCGUUAGUUUGUAAAUACUUAGGUAUCACUAGUAUGAAAAUAAGAUGGAAUUUCGUAUUUACAAAAUCUCUAAUGUUACCGAUUGGUGUAAAAGCGUUGCCAAUCGGUUGAGUUGCAAAGUUUAUGUGUUACAUACCUCGGUGACAAACGCUACUGUUAAUACGUGACUAUUGCUCUUAACUUUGUCACCCAUCGAUGAUAAAUAAAUCCGAAUUUACACAGUUACCAGUCCAUUCGAAAUUACGAUCUCACGGGUGUUACCAAAUCGGUAGUGCAAUCAUAUAUAAAGUAAGCAGUCUAGUUCCAGAUUAUAAAUUUGUCCCCAAAUUACUCAGAGUGUCAUGGCAAUUGUCCGUAUUCUGGAGUACAAAAGUGUACAAGUUACAGUCGUCGGGUAAGAGCAGCAGUAGCAGCAUCAUAGAUACUCGUUCACAACGCAAAUCGGCAAUCCAGCCAAACUUUGCCUUAAAAUAAAUGGAACUGGGCCCACAGUCGAGGACCAUUCCUCAAAUCGGGGCAGAGCGGAACGAACCAGCAGCAAAAGAGUAAGCGUUGGUCCUACCCGAGCUGAAAGAUUUCAUGCUUCUCCAGCCAACUUGCCAUCAUUUCACUCCUGGAGAACUGGAGGCUUGAAAAAUAUCAAAUCCGUUCCAGUACCAUCGUGGCAGCUUCGGGUGAAAGUGGUCUUCUCGACAAACUUCUGCACCACCGCUUUGAGAUAAAAGUGUCCCAUAAUAAAACCACGUUAUGGUUUCAAGUUUUUAAAGUGCGGUCCUAAACUGGCUCCAUUUUAACACAAGUUUAAUUAUUUACCUCCAUUCACGCCAUUCAUUGUGCACUUAAAAACGGAACGAAAUGAGUGAAUCGUGUUAUUCAUAGCGAAUUUGAGUACCCAAUUUUGCAAAAGUUUGCCCCGUAAGGAACCACUUUAUUUCACCAGUUGUACAAUCAUGGAAACUUCAUGGUGAUAAGGACACGUCGCCACGGAUGAGAUUACUAUGAGUCCGAUAAGUGCAGAAAUGAAGGGAAGUGCAUUAAAUGAAGUCCCACCUGCCACCUGCGACGGCACAGGUUCUCCUCCCACCCCGACGACGACGAAGGAACAGCAAGUAGCGACGAGUGAAAGCAGUACGGAAAUUGUGACCCCGGUGACCCCGACGGAGACAGAGAUGCAACUCCCGACAUCCUCGACGCCCUGUGAACCUACACUUAUUCCAAAGUAUGGGACGCUAAUUCCGAACAGAGUGUUUGUCGGGGGCAUUUCGACCCACACGACGGAGUCAGAGUUGGCCACGCUCUUCUCCAAGUAUGGAUCCGUGCGGGGAACGAAGAUUAUUCUCGACAGGGUUGGGAUCUCGAAGGGUUAUGGCUUCGUCACAUAUGAGACGGAGGAUGAGGCGAGGAGAUUAUUUACAGCGAUGAAUAAUAGGGAAUUACCCCCAAUUGUUCAUCGAGAUCGGAGAUUAAAUAUUGCACCCGCCGUUAAGAAACAGCCUGUACUCACCCGUCAGGGGUGUUCCUACUAUGGAACUUCCCCCUCAGGGUCUGCAUCUACCACACUUUCACCUCCCCCAACCCUGGUCGAGUCCCCCUUCUACUUUCCCACGGGGGGAACCACCCCAACCGGAACGGACUUUCUCUUUCAGGGCGCCUCCCACCACCACCCAGCACUGCCCGACGCUUCCUCCUUCAUCUACCCAGGCGCCCACAAUCCCUUCCCUUUCUUCGCUGCGGGGGGUGCGGGAGGAACGCCAACGACGCCAAACGGUCUCGGACUCGGGCAGGCUUUACCCGGUCCCAACGGCAGCAUUAUUUUCCUCCCAUUUGGACUUAAUCCGUAUCAGCAACAGCCGCAGUCUAUACAAGGUGACCCUUGGAACUCGACCUCUGUGACAUCUGCCCUUCCCACUUUCGCUCUGCCCCACUCAUCCCCCUCGCUCCCGCACUGGGCCCGUCUCCACCACCAGGCCAGCACCAUGGGGCCCCCACAACUGCCCCCCGUGCACCCCAGCAACACGAACCACCACCACUACUCGACCCAGCAGCACGCGACCUCCUCCUCCCACCACCACCACCACCACAACCAGCCCCACCACCACCCCUACUUGAGCGAACAGUCGGCCACCCCACAACACCCGGACCCACUCCUCUACUUCAGCAAUGCACUCAUCUCCACGCCACAUUAAGAUAAGCCCACCAGAUAAGCGACGUCUAUACGUACGUACAUACGAAUGUAGUUACCUACACACUAAUUUUAUUAUUCUUGCACAACACCACAUAAAACAUUCCACUUUCCAUAAAAUCUAAAUGGGUCGUAAAAACCGAUCGUAUUUUAAUUAAGUGCUUCGAUUUAGGUACAUCCACAUAGCGAUUAAUCUGUGCAGUAUUAAUGAUGUAUGUAUGUACAUACAUGACGGUGCUCUAUACAAAUCUCUGCAUAAAAUGGGAGAGAAAGUGCUAAUAAUUAUUAUUGUAUCGUAAUCAUUACUCAAAAUCGAAAUUGCCCCCAUUAAGGAUUCCCCUCCAUUAAACAGCAGCGUUGAUCUCAUGAAAGGUUUCCACUCACAUAAAUCCGCAAUCAAUUUCAUAUUCACGCCAUAAUUUUGUAAUAGCGGAGCGAACAAUCUCACCAAAAAUCGCUCGAAACGCCAGAGACUAAACUCUCAUCGUAAUUAAACAAUCCAAUUAAUUUUACAUCCCCAUAUUCUCAUCCUAUUUAGUGGCAUCAGGCUACCCGUAACCUACUUAAUUUAAAAAUACGUCACCAUAAAAAGGACGACGAUGGGGUACGUACGCAAUUUCGAACGUGGCGGCCAUAAUUCCCUGCCUUUAAUAACAUGCAGCUAACAAUCUCCGGACUAAAAGCCAAGCCGUAAAGUAUGAACAAUUCGGUUUCUCUGUGUCUGCAAUUACACUUUUGCACUCGAACCUCUGUAUCUCACUUUCCCGUUAUUUCAUUAAAUCCUUCGUACCACGGGAUCGCCUUUUUAUUGUGUGCUUUGCCUUUAUCCUGCCAAAUUGGUAACGAUGCAUACGCGAUAUUUCGCAGCAGACUUGACUCAAUGGUGUGGAUUGGAUUUGUGUGUCUGCUUCUACUGCGACGUGGUUACUUAACUGUAAUACUUACCUUAUCCGAAACACCAAAAAGCAAAUCUUAUGGGUGAAACGGAGCCAAAAUCUGUACGAACCAGGCAAGUUUUGGCCCUCAUGUUGCACUGGGUUGGAGAAGGAAGGAGAAGGAAGUAUGUAGUCGUGGAAUUAAGGAAGUUAUGGGAAGAGCUGGAUUUGGGAUGGAUGGGGAAAGCUUUUGGAUGGGGAAGGCUGGACGGGAGUAUUCUGGCUUUGGCAGGGAGCCAGUCUCACAGAAUAUUACUAUUUCUUCCGCCCUGCCAGAAAUAAAGGAAAUAAAAAAUACAGAGUAUUUUAUUUUGCUUUUUCAUUCCUGGAGAAGUCGACGACUUGCUGGAGGCAGGAGGGGAAUGUGUGUUUCUUUAAGCGGUGGACAAAAUAUGGGAUGUUUCUUCACAUGUAAUGGUCCUGCCUGGUGUGCUGCUCUUCACCAAGUGGGAGGAAUCACAUUAUACAUACAAAAUAUUUUAAAAGGGAUGCCAGAGAGGAAGGAAUUCCGGAAAUUUAUUUCCUUACUUUGAAUAUGAAGAGAGCUAGUUUGUCGUGGCGCGUAAAUUCGUCAAGUUUUGGCAGAAAGUUGGCCAAUCUGUGAAAAGUUAAUUGGUAGAGAUGUAAGUAAGUACAUGACGUCAUGAGGAUACGUAUCUUUUUUUAAUCUCCAUGAAAUGAAAAAAGGGAGAAGAUACUGCUGCUGAUUGGGAUCUAGGGAAUAGACUAAUUUAGUUUUUACGGUAUGAAAUACUGCUGGAUUAAAAAAAACUCGAUUUUUUCCGAGAUUAAUUAACAUACAUAAGAACUAUGGACGCGUAUGGUUAUAAAUUAAAAUGGGAAUCGUUCUGUAACGAUGACAAAGAUGAAAAGGUUGAACCUUGAGUGCCAAAAAAUAUAAAAUAUGUAUAAUGCACAUUUUUUUUCUCGUACAUAAAUAAACCUUGUAGGAUACGUAAUACAGAGUAAGACCAAGGAUAAAUUAAGUAAAAUGUCAUAAACUUUGGGUUAACUAAUUACCAAAAAUAGCGAUAUUUUAUUAUUAUUUUGUACAAUGUAGAUUUCUAAUUCUUUUACAAUAGUAAGACUCCAACACAUGUGAAUCUAUAGAAAUGAACAAAACCUCUAGAAAAUCGGUAUCUAUUUAGUAAUACACUUCUCUGAUUUUGUAAAUGAGCACCCCGUAUUUAUUAAAUCUUAAUUCUUCUCUAAAUCAAA